AGGAGUGUACAUGCUACCAUUUUCAGGCGAAAUAGAUUGAAGUGUCCAGAUGAUAUGGAUUGAACGAUCUGUGUCUAAACCAGGCCUUGAUAUUUUCUACGAGAAAUCAUGUACUCGUAAUUUCGUUUGACAUUGAAUUCGCCGUCUGUGUCUCAAGUGUCUGUGUCACAGGUUUACGUCCCUGGUUUCCUCUUUGCCCCCUCACCGACCUCUCUUCCUUCAGAGGGGGUGCGGAAUUUCAACCGGCCUAGUUGCUUUCAAACUGGGGCUUUGAAGGAGUUGUGGUCGGUGGGAAUGGAUCUCUGGCGGUUGGCUUAUUCGGUGCUCCUUUUUCUGGCUUCUUCCUCCUCUUUCAUUGCUGUUGAUUUUGUUAGAGCCAAUGUGGUGUUCCCGGUGGAGCACAAGUUUAAGGGCCUGGAACGGAACUUGAGUGCAUUCAAAGCCCAUGAUGUACGCCGUCACGGUAGAACACUUUUUGAUGUGGAUCUUAAAUUGGGUGGCAAUGGUCAGCCUACUGAAACUGGGCUGUACUUUGCUAAAAUUGGGAUUGGGUCUCCAUCAAAGCAAUAUUAUGUGCAAGUUGAUACAGGAAGUGACAUUCUUUGGGUGAAUUGUAUCGGCUGCAGCAGGUGCCCCAAGAAAAGCGGUCUCGGUAUAGAACUGACACUAUAUGAUCCAAAGAGCUCCUCUACUUCAAGUUUGGUUACUUGCGAUCAAGAUUUUUGCAAUUCCACAGAAGACGGUCCACUUAUUGGUUGCAAGCCUGGCUUGGCUUGCCAAUAUAAUGUUGUUUAUGGGGAUGGAAGCUCAACUUCUGGAUACUUCGUAGAGGAUAAAGUGCAACUUGAUCAAGUGACUGGAAACCUUCGAACAGCACCAGCAAAUGGGAGUAUCAUAUUCGGGUGUGGAUCUAAACAAUCAGGGGAGCUUGGUUCAUCUUCGGAAGCUCUUGAUGGCAUACUUGGUUUUGGACAGGCAAAUUCCUCCAUGAUUUCACAGCUUGCUUCAGCUGGAAAGUUGAAAAAAAUGUUUGCACACUGCUUGGAUAAUAUACAUGGUGGUGGAAUCUUUGCCAUUGGCCAAGUGGUGCAUCCAAAAGUGAACACAACGCCAUUGGUGCCAAAUCAGGCACAUUACAAUGUUGUAUUGAAGGAUAUUGAGGUGGGUGGUGACGUUCUAUCGCUUCCUUCAGAUACAUUUGAAAAUGGACUUCGGAAAGGAACAAUAAUUGAUAGUGGUACAACUUUGGCUUAUCUUCCGGAGGUGGUUUAUGAGACCCUAAUACCUAAGAUUAUGGCUCAGCAGCCUGGAUUGAAAUUACAUACCGUUGAAGACCAGUUUGAUUGUUUCCAGUACAUUGGAAAUGUUGAACAUGGAUUCCCAACAGUCAAGUUUCAUUUUGAACGUUCCCUUUCUUUGACAGUUUACCCCCAUGAGUAUUUAUUCCAGAUUCGAGAUGAUGUGUGGUGUAUUGGAUGGCAAAAUAGUGGGAUACAAUCCAAGGAUGGAAGCCAAAUGACUCUUUUGGGAGAUUUGGUGCUUUCAAAUAAGCUAGUUUUAUAUGAUCUUGUAGAGCUGGCGAUUGGAUGGACUGAAUACAACUCCCAUAAAUACAAACAAGCAUAGCUGUGAUACACUCCAAAGAGGAACGUGCAACCUCUACACUGCGUGGCCAGCUCAUCUUCCAAAUUCUAAUAUUAUCAUACACCCGUAACUGACAAGAAGGGAGAGAGAGAGAGAGAGAGAGAGAGAGAGAGAGAGAGAGAGAGAUCACUUAUGGAGGAAGAUCAGAGAGCUUGGCCAAGAGGUAUAGAGACAGAGUCACCAAAGGAGAGGAAGAGGACGUGCUGUGGGGCUUUCAGCUUGGCUGUGAGGGUUGUCUGUGGCUUAUUGUGGGUUUGGGCAGAGCUGGGUGGUUCAUCAGUGGCUGUAGACUGGAGAAACCAGUGCUUUGUUUUUGGGUGUGAAGAAUAGAGGCUCGCGCAGUGGCUUGUUGGCUCUCCAAGGUGUAGCAGCGUGGUGUCUCUGGCUGGGCAAUGUAAUGGUCAGGGUUCAUGGUGUGGCUUCAAGGCUGAGCUACAGUGAGCGUUGGUUGUGUGUGGAGGAGGUGGCUAAAACAGGGGCCUCGAUGAUGGUGGUUUCCAUAACCAGGAGGGGUCUUUUGUUGGUUGUUCCUACACAGUGGUUUAAGGUUAGGCUACGGUGGUUGAGCAAAGGUUGCAGUAGUCACUUGCUUUUCUAUUUGACGGAGGGGCUUGGAGUUGGAUGGCUGUGCAAUUGGAACAUGUGCUAGUCUACGUGGGUUGUGGUGUGGAGAGGAUGUGCAAUAGUGGUUGGCUUGGCUUCGGGGUGCUAGUGCACGGUUAGUAGUGUCAAAUGGGGCUGUUCGUGGAGUGGGUUGAGGUCUCUUGGAGGUUGCGGCUUGUUGAGGGUAAACAGAAAACUACACUAGGGCUUGGAAAAGGAUGAGAUGCACGUAAAGUGCAUGGGGCUAAGCAUUUAUAUAAGGAGUUAGUUUAAGAGUUUUAACAUGAAGAUGACUUGUAGAAUUAUUUUCCUGUUGGGAGAGAAUUCCAUCGGCGUGAAUCCUUGUGGAAAGUGGAGAUGUGCAUGAAUUAGAGUUUGAGAAGGCAGUCAGUUAAAGAGUUUUAACAGGGAUAUGACUUGUAGAGUUGUGUCCCUGUUGGGAGAGAAUUCCAUUGUGCCUAACGGGUUUGGGUUCAUUUCAUGGGCUAAAACAUCAGUAAUUUUAAUUGCGUUUCUAAAAUAUCAGCCCAUUAAUUUCCUCUAAAUUUUUCAACUAAUCUUAACGACUUCAAAAUAAAAUUUGGGCCUUUGGGCAUAACUAAAUCCCAAUAAAUAAUAACUCACAGCUUAUCCAACAUGGCCCAUGAAAUCCAAUAACUUAAAAAAUCUUAAUAGCUCGUGGGCUAUUUCAAUAAGGCCCAUUAAGCUUAUUUUAGGCCCACUAGAUUUUUUCCUAUUUCAUCCCUAAUAAUAUUGGGCCUGGUCGUUACGUAGGGGCUGCCAUUAUAAUCCAGGCAGACCCCUAUUUCGAAUUUUAUUAGAAAUAUACUAGGGUUUCUUGGGUACAGGUGGCCACUUUGAUUUGCAUUAAAGAGAUGAAUAAUCAAUGAUUUUAACAGAGGGGGACAACCUUGAAGUUGGGAGGGAAAUCUGGAAAUUCCAAUGGAAGUUAGCUGGAGGGGGUAGUAGCUUCGGAUUGGGAGAUGAAUGUGGGAUUUUCAGCAUGCUUUCAAGAGCGUUUUCCAGGAUUUUGAUGGGAGGAACUUUCUAAUAUGAUAUCUAUGAGUUGGCAGCUGUUAAUGGCCUUAAUAGUCUUGCUGGCAGUUGUGGUGAUAGCUUGAAAACUCUGGUCAACCUCUGCCAGGAAGGAAGAUCUUUCCUAAUUUAAUCCUAAGAUUUCGGUAGCCUCUUUGUUACAGGCUCCUAGUAACUCAAGUAAGGAAACAAGAAAGAACAAUAAAUCACACCAAUCUGAUCAUUUGAGGGAUCAGAACCUCCAAGAAAAUGAUUCUUUAUUCAGACUUUCGAUAUGCAUCUCAUAGUUUUGUAGGCUUUUAUACAAGUACUCGUGUGAAUGAGUUAGUUGUUUUCUGUUAACAACUGAAGGGUAUUAUUGUAACUAUCUCUCUGUAAGUAAGGCUAAAACAGACUUAACACUCUAUUAAUGAGCACGUGUCCUGCACAUGGACUUAUUCUCUACAAGGCCUUAUACAAGUCUACUAAUACAACUCGAUGAACAUAACAGCUUCACUGUCAUUCUCCAUUCUUCUGCACUUCACCCUCAUAACAAUUCCCUCCCCUUCAAAAGACCUUGCCCACAAGGUCAGGAUACUGAAAUCUGAGCUGCUCCACUGGUACCCCAUGAAGAAUCUUCCUCAGGAGCUCCCCUCCAUUUCACAAGCAACUCAAUGAAGGGUUGAUUGUUGAUAGGUGUCAUUCUUCUCUCUAAAAUAGAUUCUGGUUCCACUCUAGCAUGUCCAUGAGCUGCAAAGGGAAUUGAAGGAGACACAUUUACAUCAGACCCCACAUGUUUCUUAAGCUUGGAGACAUGAAAAACUGGAUGCACCACCGCAUCUGGGGGCAAUUCCAGCUUGUAAGCAACUUCACCAAUUCUCUCAAGAACUUUAAAUGGCCCACAAAAUCUAGGAGCCAACUUAGGAGAAGCAUUGGCUGCAACACUUCUCUGCCUGUACUUCUGCAACUUUAAGUAGAGCAUAUCCCCCACAUCGAAAUGUCUCUCAGUAUGCUUGUUAUCAUAAUACUUCUUCAUUCUAGAUUGUGCAGCCAGUAGGCUCUUCUUAAGAAUUGCCAAAAUUUCUUCCCUCAAUCUGAGCUCAGAAUCCACAGCAUGAUUCUGUGUUGUCCCAGCUACAUAUUGCAACAAGGAAGGAGGUGGUCCGCCAUACAAAGCCUCAAAAGGAGUGAUUCUUGUAGAAGAAUGAGUAGAAUUAUUGUACCAAUACUUUGCCCAAUGUAGCCAAUGAACCCACUGUUUUGGUCUCUCAAAUACUAUACACCUCAAAUAUUGUUUUACUGCUUUAUUCACUAUCUCAGUUUGACCAUCAGAUUGAGGAUGGUAAGCUGAGGUAAAAUUCAACUUUGUGCCAUGUAAUCUAAAAAUUUCCUUCCAAAAACUGCUAGUGAACACUACACAUCCCUAUCCAUCACAAUGGUAGUGGGCAUCCCAUGCAACUUGAAAACAUGAUUAAUGAACAACUGAGCAACUGUAGCAGCUGUGUAGGGAUGAGAUAACGACAAGAAAUGGGCAUACGUAGUAAACCUAUCCACCACCACAAAGAUUACAGUAAAACCCUUUGAUGAUGGUAAUGCCUCAAUGAAAUCCAUGGAGAUAUCACUCCAUGAAGAAGUUGGUAUUGGCAAUGGCUGUAAUAAGCCUGCUGGUAGCAGGUUUUCUGCUUUGCACUUUUGACAUAUCGAACACUCCUUAAUGAAUUUCUUCAAAUCUUUCCUCAUACCAGCCCAUAUAAAAUCUGCUUUAUCCCGCUGCAAGGAUUUUUGAUACCCAGAAUGGCCCCCCACAGCACUGUUGUGAACAAAAUGGAGAAUCUGAUGUUUAAGUGCAGAUGUAGCAGACAGAAACAACCUCCCCUUGUUGAACAGCAAGCCAUUCUUAACCUCGAAUUCAAUAUUAGACAAAGAACCCUGCUGCAGCUUCCCACAAAUCUCAGAUAUUUCCUUAUCCAACAAAUAAGAGGACUUUAAUUCUUCUAACCAAAUGGGAUCCAGAACUGCUAUGGCAGCCAAGACAGCAUCUGAUUCAGACCCUUCCUCUCUUCUAGACGAAGCAUCACCAGCCACAUUGUCCUUGCCCUUCUUGUAUUCAAUCUUGAAAUCGUAACCAAGAAGCUUGCUAAUCCAUUUCUGUUGUGAGGGUAUUCCAAUUUUCUGCUCUAGUACAAACUUCCAACUUUUCUGGUCUGUUUUAAUCACAAAAGUGCCUCCAAGCAAAUAAGGCCUCCAUUUUUUAACAGCCAAUACCAGCCAGUAACUCCUUUUCAUAGGUAGACAAAUCUAAUGCCUUACCCUUCAAAGCUUAACUAAAAUAAGCCAAAGGCUUCCCAUCUUGCAUAAACACAGCACCCACUCCUUUACCACAUGCAUCACAUUCAAUCAAGAAUUCUUUAGAAAAGUUAGGCAUAGCUAACACAGGAGGAUUAGUCACAGCCAACUUUAAGGCCUCAAAUGCCUUAGAAGCCUCGGGUCCCCAUACAAAGGAAUCCUUCCUUAGCAAUUCAGUGAGUGGUCCAGCUAUUAUACCAUAUCCUUUUUAACAGAUUUUCUGUAAUAACCAGUUAGUCCAAGGAAACCCCUUAAGGACUUAGGUUCUGCUUGGCCACUGAGAUUUCCUAGAUAAGAAUUUUGAGUUUUAAUAUGAAAUAUUAAAAUAUUAUAUUUUAAUAUUAUUUUUAUUUUGGGAUUUGAAAAAGUUAAUAAAAAGUUGAAUUAUUUAUUAUAUUUUGUAUGGGGAUUUGGGAAAGUUGUAGUGAUGAGAUGAGAAUUUUGUAUUUGAGAUGAGAAAUCUCAAAGGCCAAACCGAACCUUAAUGGUUUUAGGCAAUGGCCAUUUAAUCAUGGUCUUAAUUUUAGAGGGAUCUGCAUUAACACCCUCUGCAGAGACCAAAUGGCCUAAGUAAUCAAUCUCCUCACAACCAAAAUGACGCUUACUCCUCUUAGCAAAUAAUGUGUUUUUGCUAAGGUAUCCAACACCAAGGAUAAGUGCUGUAAAUGGUCCUCCUUAGUCUUGCUAUAGACAAGAAUGUCAUAAAAAAAAAACUAUGACAAAUUUUCCAAGGAAAGGCUGAAAUACCUCAUUCAUAAGGCCUUGAAAAGGUUGCUGGAGUGUUGGUUAAGCCAAAAGGCAUAUCCAAAACUCAUAAUGCCCGUGAUGUGUUCUGAAAGCUGUCUUCUCUAUAUCCUCUUCCCUUACUCUGAUCUGAUGGUACCCUGAUCUCAGAUCUAACUUACCCUGAUCUCAGAUCUAACUUUAUGAAAAUUGUGGCCCCAAACAGUUCAUCCAAAAGCUCAUCUAUCACAGGUAUUGGAAACUUCUCUUUAACAAUUUCCUUGUUGAGAGCUCUAUAAUCCAUUCACAUACGCCAUGUUCCAUCUGAUUUCCUCACCAAAAGUACAGGAGAAGAGAAAGGAGAUUGGCUAUUUCGCAUCACCCCAGCAAUUAGCUGCUCAUGCACUAUUUUUUCAAUUUCAGACUUUUGAUAAAAGGGAUAUCUGUAUGGUCUCACAGAUAUAGGCUGAGUUCCCUCUUUCAAAAUAAUCUGAUGAUCCUUAUUCCUCUUAGGAGGCUACCCUUUAGGCUACUCAAAUACUCUCUCAAACUUCAACAAAACCUUUUCAAUACUAGGGUCCAAAAUCUGCAGUUUCGUAGUCAAAUCUUGAGGAACGAUCUGUAUGAAAAUUCCUUUUCUUUCAACUGUAGUAAGCUGACAGAAUUGUACUUCUUCUACUAGCCCAGGUUUAUUAGGACUUAAACCCUUCAACACAACAGGUUUUUUAUCAACCUUAAUAGACAUAGUGAGAUUAUUAAAAUCCCACGAUACAGAUCCCAAAGUACUCAUCCUCUGCAUCCCAACAACUGCAUCACAGCCACCCAGUGAGAGCAGGAAAAAAUACUCACAAAAUCAGUUCCUUACAUCUGAAACUGGACUCCUUGCAACAAGCCUUCUCUUCUUAUUCUUUCACCAUUAGCAACUUGUACCUCAAUCUGUUCCUUAUAUUUCCUUACAUCUCAACUUUCUUGGCCACCAUUGGAUCAACAAAAUUAUGAGUGUUGCCAGUAUCUACCUAGAUAAUGACAGAACACCCUUUAACUUUUACCUUGAUCCUCAUGGUUCUUGGGCUUAAAGAACCAGCUAUCACACUCAAAGAAAUCUCAAGCAUCUCACAUUCCAGCUUAAACUCAUCAGAACUGUCAAUAUCCAACAGUUCCUCAUGCGAUUCCUCAUUAUCUUCUGAGCACAGGUCCACACCUUCCUGUCAAAGUAUUGUGUGAAUGGCCUUGAGUAAUCUGUAGAUUAUAUAUAAGCUUCACAAGAAUUCUAUGCAUGGAAAGAAUGUAAUUCCCUGAAUGAUUCUAGCCCUAUAUGGAAACUAUACUCUGUCAAAUAUGCUAACUGUACAAGUCUAAGUAAAUUAAGGAAUGUGAAAAUAAGGAAAGAAGAAUAAUUAUGGACAGCAAAGCUGUCCAUUGACAGCCCCCCUCAAAUUGAUGCGGGUUGAUCAACAAGCAUCAAUUUGCUACAUAAGAAGCAAUGUUGAUGGCAAGUAAGAGCUUUGGUGAAGAUAUCAACAAUUUUUAGUUUAGUGAAAAUAUGUGGAAGAGUGAUAACACGAGCUUCAAAUGCUUCAUGGAUAGAGUGAUAAUUGACUUCAAUAUGCUUUGUGCGCUCAUGAUAGACAGGAUUGGCCGUGAUUGGAAUAGCACUCAUAUUAUCGGCAUGUAAAGGUGUAGGAUCUGUCGCAGCAAGAUCUAGCUCAGCGAGCAAACCUCGAAGCCAAAUAAUUUCAAAACAAGCAAGAGACAUCGCCCGGUACUCAGAUUCCGUAGAUGACUUAGAAACUCUAUCUUGCUUCUUACUCUUCCAAGAGAUCAAUGUAUCACCUAAGAACACACACCAACUAGUGAUGAGCAUCGUGUAUUCGCACAACCAACCCUAUCAACAUCACUAUAAGCAGCAAGGUGAGUAGAAUUGUCGGCAAGGAAGAAUAAACCACGGUUAGAAGUACCCUAAACAUAGCAUAUGAUCCUACGGAUAGCAGCCAAAUGAAAAUGACGAGGAGGCAGAAGAAACUGGCUGACUUUCUGUACAGCAAAAAAAAUGUCCGAUCUAGUAAUGGUGAGAUAAACAAGGCUACCCACCAACUUCUGGUAAAAACUGGGAUCAGCAAGUAAGUCACCCUCCUCUUUAUGAAGCUUGACAUUUAAUUUCAUGGGAGUAUCAACAGAAGUAGCCUCCUGUAGGCUAGUUGUAGCCACCAAGUCACUAGCAUACUUAUGUUGAUUGAGUGAAAUACCAUAGGGAUUACGAUGCACCUCAAGACUAAGAAAAUAUGUGAGAGACCCAAGAUCUUUCAUAUGAAAGACCUCUGAGAGAUGAGUCUUGAGCUGACCAAGCAAGGCAGAAUUGGAACCAGUGAUUACAAUAUCAUCAACAUAAACCAAAAGAACAACAAUACCCAGUCUGAUUUCUGAAGAAGUAGUGAAGUGUCAUAUUUGCUCUGCUUGAAUGAAAAUUGUAAUAAAGUAGUGCGGAAUUUAUCAAACCAGGCCCUCGGAGCUUGUUUGAGAUCAUAAAGAGAGUGAGGAAGCUUACACACAUGUGAAGUCGGAGAGGGAAACAAUCCUGGGGAUGGCUUCAUAUAAAUACACUCUUUAAGAUCCCCAUGAAGAAAAACAUUCUUGACAUCCAUUUGAUGUAGUGGCCAAUUACUGGAAGCAACAAGAGUUAGAAUCGUACGAUCAGUAGUCAUCUUAGCCACAGGAGCAAAGGUCUCUUCAUAAUUGACACCAUAUUCUUGGUUAUUCCCAAAUGCAACAAGGCGAGCUCCGUAACAAUCCAAACUUCCAUCAGAUCGGACCUUGGUUGAGUAAACUCAUUUGCAACCCAGAGGAAUAAUGGUGGGAGGACAAGGCUCAAUGUCCUAGGUGUGAUUGGCCUCUAGUGUGACAAUUUCUUCCUGCAUAGCUUGUCGCCAACAAUCAUGCUUGGCAGCAUGUGAGUAGGAUGUGGGAAUAUCAAAAUUGGACAAUGCAGCAAUAAGAGCAGAAAUAGAAUUGCUAGAACUGGGAAACCCAUACCUAUCCGGGGGUACAAAGGCUCUGGAGGUGCUGCAAUUGACUGAAUCUGGAGUGUGGUUGGAUCAGAUUUCGGAUGAGCCAUCAGAGGAGACUGGGGGCAGGAGCAUCUCAUAUACACAAUACCUAGUUUAAAGCAAGAACUAACUUAAGGAAGAUCCGAGAACUGCUGCUUAAAGGAAGGGAGAACCACAAUAGAAGAGGAGGGCACAAAGGACACAUGAAAGAAAUGUUGAUUUUCAAAGAAAAUAACAUUCCUAGAAAUGCGUGUACGAUGUAAUGUAGGAUCAUAGCAAACAAAUCCCUUUUGAAACACAUUAUCUCAAGAAUGCACAUAGAACAGAUUGAGUAGAUAAUUUAUGUCGCUCAUGAGGAGGUAAAUGAACAAAACAUAUACAACUAAAGGUACGGAGGUUAUCGUAACUAAGUUGCUUAGCAAAUAAACGGAAAUAGGGAGACUCUAUGAGUAGGACUUGAGAAGGUAAACAAUUAAUCGAGUAGCAGUUUUCAGAGUCUCAAUCUAGAACAUGGAUGGAACAGAGUAUUCUAACAAGAGAGUACAUACCACAUCUAGGAGAUGACGAUUUUUGCAUUCGGCUACUCUAUUCUGUUGGGGAGUAGUGGGACAUGAAUGUUGAUGAAUAAUACCUUUAGAAGCCAAGAAUGUCUGAAACUCAAUAGAAAAAUAUUCACCACCGGAAUUUGUGCGUAAUGUCUUAAUAGAAGCAGAAAAUUGACUGUCAACAUACGCUAAAUACUCAGUGAAAGUACGAAAAACCUCAGAUUUAGAGCGAAGAAAGUAGACCCAAGUAAAUAUGCUAUGAUCAUCAAUGAAAGUCACAUAGUAUUUAAAUUUUUCAUGUGAAUUAAUCGGGGAAGGUCCCCAAACAUCACUAUGAAUAAGAUCAAAGCAAUGAGGCUACUAGCAUGCAAAGUAAGGGAAGAGUUUUGCUUUUACCAAAUUUGCAAGAAGCAUACUCAAGAGAUAAAGAAUAACGUUCUUUAUUACCAAGUAAACCAGAGUUCAAUACAUGAGAUAAGAUCUGAGUAUUGGGAUGGUCUAAACGACGAUGCCACACCAUACUAAGAUCUAAAACAUUAUGACAAGCAAAAGACUUAGUAGAAGAAAUUGAAGAAAGUGUUGAAACAUGCAAAAGUAGUGGAAAUAAGCGCUUCACUUUAGGUCCCUUCACGAUCGGCUCCCCUGUUACCUGGUCCUGCACAACACAACCAUUACCAAAAAAAUGAACAGCACAAUUGUCAUCAACUGAUUGACCAACAGAAAUAAGAUUCGUGGAAAGUUGAGGAGUAAGAAACACAUCAGUGAACUUAGAAGAGGCAUAUCCGACAGUAGCUAUUGGUAAAGAAUUGCCAUUGGUAGUCUGAAUAGCAGAUUGACCAGCGUAAGGCCGAACAUGACACAAAGUAGUGGGAUUAUUCGUCAUGUGAUUAGAGGCACCUGAGUCCAUGUACCAGAGUUUAGUAGAAUUGUUACUUUGGAACCCCAUUGUUGAUAAUGCCGAAAUUAGUAUCUGUUGCAAUUUUGGGUGUGCAAUAACUCGCUGCAGGAGGUGCCGGAACAGAGGAGUCACCUGAAGAAGAGCCAGGGACCGCAGAAGUCACUACAGGGGGUACAAUAAUGGAAGUCUGAAAUGCCCGGGCCUGACGAUUCUGGGGGCGGAUACGAUAGUCUUUGAUAAUGUGACCCUUCUUAUUGCAAUAAGAGCAAUAUUUCUUGGAACAAUUAGCAACGAUAUGGCCAAAUUCCUUGCAGCAAAAACACUGCAAGGUGCUAGAAUGCAUUGGCAAUCCUCAUUGUUGAGCAGCAUAAGCCAUAGGGACGGACCCUAAACUACCAUGAGACUGCUCCAGAGUAACUUGAGUACUAAGCCGUUGUUCUUCACGAAGUAAUUCACCAAAACAAACAUCAAGAGAAGGAAUAGGAGAGUGGUUCAUCAGAGAAGAGCGAAUAGAUUCAUACUCAGGGCCGAGUUUCAUAAGAAAUUGAUCACAACGACUAGUCUCGUGAAGACGUUGAAUAAUGAAAAGAGAGGCAACAGGAACAUUUGUGGUAACCAGAUUAGAAUAUUCGUUCCAAAGAGUUAAAAAUGCUGAAUAAUAGUCUUGGAUGGAACGAUUGUCAUAUUGAAACAUGGCAAUCACAUGCUCUAACUGAAAAUGAUGGGCAUCAUUAUCUUGAUGAUAUACUUUAUUUAAGUAAGUCCACACGGAUUGAGCGAUGCGAUGAGGCCGCAAGUUGGAGACAAUAUGUGGCUCAACCGAGCCAAGAAGCCAAGACAUAAUCCUAGCAUCAAGCACAGCCCAUGAAGGAGAAGACGCUGAAUCCUUAGAUUUAUCAGAAUUGGGUGCACAAUUUGUGCCAUCAAAUGGCCCCAAAGAUCUUUUCUCGAGGAAAAGUUCAAUUGAAAAGCCCACGUGGAGUAAUUUUUGCCCGUAAACUUGGCACACACAAGUGCAGAGUCCAUCGUAAAUAAAUGAAAAAAAAAAAAAACUGAGAUAAGAAAUAACCAAAAAAGAAACUGCUGAGAAG